AGUAAGCAGGAUGUCCAAAGUGAAAGAGAUUCUUGAUGAUUUGCCGGAUGAAAUAAUGAAAAAUACAGCUAAACUUUCUUUGAUGGCGGAUAGGUUCGGCAACACGUUUUAUUUCGGCAAUGCCGGCAGCUUCUGGUCUCCACCGUUUCGGAUUGGUGCCGACACUGACUACAGAACACACGCACGUAGUAUCAGAGACAUGGAGAUACGCCCUGAUGACGUCAUGAUAUGCUCGUAUCCCAAGACAGGUCUACAUUGGCAGCAAGAGAUAAUAAACAUGCUCAUGCACAAAGCGGACACACUGAGCACCAAGAUAGAUAAUAACAUCUGUUUCUUAGACUCUCUACCAGUACACGUCCUCUCCACCAGAGAGUCACCAAGGCUUCUUGUAACUCAUAUGCCAUUUAAAAAUGUUCCCAAGCAAGCUUUGGAAAAGAAAAUUAAAAUAGUUUACUUGGACAGAAAUCCUAAAGAUGUUCUUGUGUCUUAUUACAACCAAGUUCACAAGAACAAAUAUCCCGUACAUUAUCCGGGAACAUUUGAGCAAUUUGUGUAUCUCAAUCUGGAAGUUGGUUUUAGAUACGGCGACUUGUUCACCUAUCUGAUACACUGGCAAGACGGUAUUGAUGCUAACCCAGAUGUUCCAAUCUACAAAUCAGUUUACGAGGAUGUGAAACUAGAUGAAAAAGCUGGCGUGAAAAAACUCAAUGAGUUUCUGGGGACUGGAUGUAGCGAGGAGCUGUGUGAGAAGAUAGCAGAGGCCUGUAACUUUGACAGAAUGAAACCUAUAAGAGAAGCCAAUUCAGCAGAAGAACAAAAUAGCUUUAAAAUAAGUAGCUAUUAUAGAAAAGGUGCUGUUGGCGACUGGAAAAACUGGUUCACUGAAGAUUUAAACGAAGAAUUCGAUAGAGAAUACAAGAAACACAUGGCUGACUACAGGACUGUCUACAAAUAUACUUUAGAUUAG